AUGUGGAGGAAGGCAUGGCCGCGAGCGCCCUUUCUUCCGACUGAACGCGCACGCCAGGAUGGCUGCCACCAGAGCCGCCUCCGUCGAGGAGAAUGCUGGAGCCAAGCUGCUGUUGGUCCCGGACGGUAAUCGGCGUUCGCUGGAGGAGAACGGGGCAGCUGACCAACUCUCUGAGCAGAGCGAUGCUUUGUGUGCCAUGCUGGAGCCAAAUCGGCCUCAGGCCCCUGCGGGCAAGCUGAAGAAGACCGCCUUCAAGCUUUUCGGUGGGAAGCGGAGCAUCUGUGCUCUGCCGAACUUCUUUGGGGGGAAAAGCAAAGGCCAAGAAAAGGGAGCCUCGAAAAAGGGGUUGAGUAAGAGCAAGACACACGAUGGCAUCAGUGAUGUUGGGUAUGAGGAGGCCAGCUCUGGGCGUCUUCGGAGCCCCUCAGAUGGGGGGACGGACUUUCCUCCUCCACAGCUGUCCACCUCCCAGAGUGCUCACUUGGGAACAGUUGCUGGCCUGCGAGUCGGCUUUGUCCGGCAGUCAGCAUCCCUCUCGGGGAGUUCUGAAGGCUUUGAGAAGAGGUCCAGCGGAGAGAAGUCCCUUUUUCUUCCCAGACCUAAGAAAGGGGGGCUGAGAGGCCUUUUCAGCAGCAUCCGGCGCCACCGGAAGAGCAAAACUGCCGAGCCCGAGAGGACAGAGCUGCAGGAAUGGGCUCUCAGAGACAGCGGGGCAGACGAGCAGGCCAGGCUGAACCAGCAGAAUGGUGCCGAAACGCAGCCAGCCUCCAAGAAGGGGAGUCUGAAAAGUAUCGCGCUCUGCUCAGAGCAUCGGGAGGGGUGUCUCAGUGCUGCUUCCUCUGCUGUAGCAUCAGGCGAGUUGACAGAGGGGGACCAAAUGGCGUCCCCCAGAAGCAGUUUCUGUGCGGAUGCAGCUGGAGGGACUGCUAGUUGUGAAGGUGCUGAAGGGAUGGAGUUCGACACUGUCGAUGGCGCCUGUGAAGACUCUGCUUUUUGUGACAUUCCUGAUGCUGUUGAGCCAGUUUUCCUGAGCAGCAGUCCUUCCUGCAUCCCACCUGGGGACCCACUCAGCUUGAUGUUUGGAGAUGUCACUUCCCUUCAGAGCUUCGACUCCUUCACUGGCUGUGGAGACAUCAUUGCUGAACCAGAUAUGGACAGCAUCACGGAGAGCUCCACCUCUGCAGAGCGCGGCAGGGAUGCCACCAAGAGGAGUUCUUGCCUGGUGACUUACCAAGGUGGAGGGGAGGAAAUGGCCAUGCCUGAUGAGAUGGAGGAGUAUCUUCAGCAGAUGUGGGACGGUGCCAUCAAAGCCGACGCCUCCUUUGAAACACACCUGCCAGAGCUCCUGGUGAACAGUGAGCUCCAAGGAGUGAGUGACACCAGGCCAGAAGGUCACCUCUAUUCCGAAGGCACGAGGAACGAUGUGGAGCUCUUAACCCCACACAGCGACCAACAAGAAUCUGCUCCCAACAGCGACGAGGGUUACUAUGACUCCACCACCCCGGGUCCUGAGGAUGAAGCUGGCGAUGGGCUGGAUGAAAUCCAAAGGGAACGUCUGCCACGGGACAGCUAUAGUGGUGACGCACUGUAUGAAUUCUACGAACCCGAUGAUGCACUCAUGAGCCCUUCUCAUGGAGAGCAGUCCUGCUUUGACAGGGAAGUGACGUCUUCAGAUAUCUUCAGCCAGUUCUUGGACUUUACUGGCCCUGAUGAGAAGGACUUGGUCCGGAAGUUGGGUCAGAAGAACGAAGUUAUGGAAACAGAGGAGGAGCGAAUGGCUGCCAUUCAGAAGCAGCUGCUGUAUUGGGAGCUGCAGAGAGAGCCGGCUGUGAAACACUUAGAUAGGCGCAACAAAGACCAGCAUCAGAGGGAAAAGGAGCACACGGAAUGUAAAAUGAGGGCAGCCAACACCGUUGGGAAGAGUCCGAGUUGCCUUGGUUGUGAGCAGAUCGCCCCUCUUGCUUUGAACAGUGCCCUGAAUUCUGGAAUUCCAGCUGGAAACCAGGACUGGAAAGACCUCCAAGAGAUGCUGUGCCCUGGAAAGCAUUACAGUGGCAGUUGUGGUCCCAAACCAUGUGAGGGUUGCCUUAUUCGUCUUGUGGGAACCAGCUCUGUGGUAGAUUCCGGCUUAGAGCACACGGUGCUUGAACCGUGUGCCUUAAGUGACUUGGCCCUGGAGAAGUCAGUGGCGUAUCCUUUCUACCAAAUGCGCAGCUGCCACAGCUGUCCCCCCGGUGAGCCGCUGGAGAGAACUGAAGCUGACUUUGUGGAAGCCCACCAGGAAAGCAAGCAGGAGCCAGAGCAGGUGGUCAACUUCUCCCAAGCGCUGGUGGAAUUCACCAGCAGUGGGACUCUUUUCUCCAACCUCUCCGAAAGCCUCGGGAGCUCCGACUCAGGGUCUGCCUUCACUCAGAACCUUCCUGCCCUCCCAACCAUGGUCACCUUUGACAUCGUCGAUGUCGAACAGGAGGGGGAAGGCGAAUGUGAACAGCAUCUGGAGAUGAACACUGACGAGGACAUCGCGGCGUCUUUCGAGGCCUUUGACGACAGCUCCGUUCCAAAAGAGUCCUUUGCCGAAUGUGACGAGCGAAUGUUCCCUGGGUUUUCCCAGAGUAAUUUCCACAGCUGCAGCUGGGGUGUCGCCAGCUUGCCCCGCCGCCUUCGGCUUCAGGAGGUGAAGCUUCCCUUGCCGGAGCCACUGUCCACCUGCAGGAGAAGCCGGUCCCUGGACACCGAGAGUUUGGAGUUUGAGCUGGCAAGCUUGCAGUUGUCCAAGAAUGGCUUUAAGCCGUGUGAGUUCUGGUCUCCAUGGAGUGGCUGCAGGAAGGAUCUGGAUCCUCCUGGGUUGAAUGUAGGCCAGGAAAGUUCUCCGUGUUCUCCAGAAGAAAGGGCAGGCAGUGUUGCCGUCCUCUCCUGGCCGGGACUAUCGAAUGUACCGUACGAUGAGGAGUUCUCACAAGACAUGAAACCACGGGGUCGUGAUCCCAUGGAUGCCCCAGCCUUCCAUAGCCCAUGGGGUGUGUUGGCACAGCCAGAUGGGGAGCCACCUUUCACCACCCUGGUGCAGAAGGAGCCUUCUGGGCAACCUCGCCCUGAUGGAGGCAGCAGUCCGAUGCCUCCAGCAGCAAGACCGGUGGCCAGGCCUUCCAAUCUGCCUCUGCAGGGACCUCUUGCAUCCCAAGAGCUUUGCGCCUCCCACAGGCCUGGCGGGGACAGUGCAGCUAAAAAGCUCGCUUGGAUUCUCCCUUUGGGAGAGGACGGUGCCGGCUUGGCUCCGAACUUUGGGUUUGGUUGCUCUCCUGACAAGUCAGCAAUAUGUAAACCUGUGGAUGCGAUGCAAGGAAUGUCGCAGCUUCACAACAAGCAGUGCUGAGGUCUUGGGGGUGGGGAGAAGGCUAUGCAUUGAGAGCCGCCGAUUGGACGAAGCCCUUUUCCUGCAGUCAGAAU